UCUCUCACCCCUCUCUCACACACACCACACUAUAAGAACCCUGUGGAUGUCCUCUAUAGUGUGUGAUGUGCUCGUGGAAGUGCUGAAGAGUUAAAACGUGCGCUUUGAGGAUCAACACAAAUCCUUCCGAGAUGGCGAGCUGGAUCGUUGUGUCUGUGGCGUUCGCGUCUAUAAACCUCUGUCUCUCUGAUGAAAUGGAGUAUUCCCAUCCACUGAGCUGCAAAGAGCUGAAGCAAAAAUAUCAAACCACCAAAGACGGUCUUUAUUACCUGAGUACACCGAGUGGGACCGUGUAUCAGACGUACUGUGACAUGACGACUGCAGGAGGAGGAUGGACUCUGGUGGCCAGCGUUCACGAGAACAACCUUUAUGGCAAAUGCACCACCGGUGAUCGCUGGUCCAGCCAGCAGGGAGGGCAUGCGAACGUACCUGAGGGAGACGGAUCAUGGAGUAACACCGUCACAUUCGGCACUGCAGAAGCUGCAACCAGUGAUGACUUCAAGAAUCCUGGGUAUUAUGACAUUACAGCAGAGGACGUGGCAGUGUGGCAUGUUCCUAAUAACAAGAAAGUGAAUCAGUGGAAACAUAUGUCAUUCCUGCGCUACCAUACCGAGACCAGAUUCCUCAACAGCUAUGGAGGAAACCUCUACAAUCUCUUCCAGCAAUUCCCUGUGACGUAUAACAUCGGAAGAUGUCCUGCUGACCACGGCCCCUCUGUUCCUGUAGUGUACGACGUCGGAGAUGCUGUAUCCAACCAUAACCUGUAUGGACCCCACAUCAGAGAGAGGAGCGAUCCCGGAUUCAUCACGUUUCGAGCAAUAAACUCUGAGAAAGCGGCGAUGGCGAUCUGUUCCGGAGUCAAACCGAAAACCUGCCACAAUGAACACUGCUGUAUAGGAGGAGGUGGACAUUUUCCAGAAGCGUCUCCGAGGCAGUGCGGUGAUUUUACGUCUUUUGACUGGGACGGUUACGGCACACACGCUGGCUGGAGUGCCAGCAAACAGUUGACGGAGGCGGCGGUGCUCAUCUUCUACCGCUGAGAGAGAUCAUACAGAUCACACGCCAGAUCAUACACCAAAUCGUCAAAAAUGUAUGAACAGAAUUACAGUUUAAAGAAAUAAACAAUGCUUUGAGAA